AUGUAUAAAUGGCACAUGCACUCGGCCAUUGGCCGAGGGAGACCUAUCGCCAGUGACCUCACAAGAGUUGCAGACGGCAUUACCGCGUCCUUAAGGCAGUUUUCUGUCUCCCUGUCCAGGGCCGCUGAGGAUGGAGGAAAUGACGCGCCCAAGCCCACACGAUCCCAACGAUCAGCAGAUGCUCUCAAGGAGGUCUCAUCACUAGCCCCUAGGCCUUCUCGAGGUAUCGAUGCCCGCUCUCUUGCAGCUAAGCCACCUCAAGCCUUCACGAUCCGAAGGAUGGAUAUGUCACCACCUGGGCAAGAAUAUAAUCGCCCUGUUGUACGGGUUGUCCAGUCUUCUCGUGGGGCGUAUCGUGGACAGUCUUGGACACCGCUUGGUGCGCAAGGGGGGGCGGCCGCUCGUGGUGGUAUGCGAGAGGGAGGAGGUGCAGGACGUGGUGUAAAUCGCGGUAUAGGACGUGGUGUAGGACGUGGUGCAGGACGUGGUGCAGGACGUGGUGUAGGACGUGGUCAGAGUGGACGAGGAGGCAGAGGGAAAAGGGGUGGGAAUCGCCAAAAAGGACAACAAUUCCAGGACGACGAAGCCGAAGAGCCGUACAACGAGGAGGAGAAAGCCUAUCUCUUCAACGCGGAAUGCGGGUGGCCUGCACCAUAUAAUCCUACGACCAACGCAGAGAGUCUGGCACGAGUAGGUCCGCCCGUCAUCUCGAGCUCUGCGGGAUUGAAGGAGACCUUGGACUACAAAUUACAGGUGGCUACGCGGAAUAUAGCAGGGAAUUACCGUCACGCGGGAGAGCACCUUGGGAGAAUCAACCGUGGUGAUGGUGUAGCAUUCUUUGAGAGUGUGGAGCAGAAGGAUAUUGCACAGUCUUUCAAGAAGCAGCAAGAGAAGGAAAUCGAUGGAGAGAUGGCUCAAGACUUUGGAAGUGCCAAAAUUGGCGGGCUUUCUCAAGCAGAUCGUGCUGCGAUGUUGAAGGCGUGGAUUGGUGGCCAGUAUAAAGCACCAGUGUCUGCGGAUAAGGGGGAUGUACUUGGUCAGGUUGACUCAUUCUUAAGGCGGAACGAGACAUAUCUACCGGAUGACCUCAGGAAGUUGGAGAAGAAACUCAGCACGCUGCUGCCGAGCAUGAAACCAAAAGCGAGCAACCCAAAGGCAACUGUAUGA